UCAGCGCCCAUGAAUGUUAUCAUGUUGAUUGUCAUAAGUGUUCAUUUCUUCCAAAAUUCACUUUGGUGAAUCGUAUUUUGUGAAACUAUUGAAAAUGAUAUAGCUAUUGCUGCAAUACCGAAAUGUCUUCGAAAAUAUAUUGCAGACAUCAUUUUUUAAAGCAUAUUCUAAAUCUACGAAAGCCAAAACUUUCAAUCAAACAUAACCAAAUUUUGGGUUGUAUUGUUGACAAUGAUAAUUAUGAUAUUAAAAGUCAAAGACACCGGUCAAACGAACGAGAAAAGGGUCUAAGCUCGUUAGUGCGCCCAAUUCCUGUGAAACUAGCAAAUAGUGUAGAUGACAUUAAUGUGGGAGCUGAAUUGACAGGAGGAAUUAAAAAAGAUGAACUGUUGAAAUUAUUAAAUCAAUUUGCAAGAAGACCAAUUGUACUGAAACUAGCAGCAGAAAAUGGUUUAGAUACAACAUUAUUCCACAAAGCUUUUAUAAGUUUCCGUUUAUUUUGUGCCGAUUCUGAACAGUUACCUGUCGAUCUUCACAUAGUUCUAAGUGAUAUUAUACAAAAUGCAGGUCAUGUUGAUGAUAUUUUUCCAUAUUUCUUACGACAUGCCAAACAGACAUUUCCACAUCUUGAUUGUAUGGAAGACCUACAGAAUAUCAGUGACCUUAGAUUGCCAGCUAAUUGGUAUCCAGAAGCUCGAUCUACACCGCGUAAAAUAAUCAUCCAUGCCGGUCCUACAAACAGUGGUAAGACAUACCAUGCCCUGGAACGAUUUCUAUCUUCCAAAUCAGGUGUAUACUGCGGUCCUUUAAAACUUUUAGCUGCAGAAGUUUUUCACAAGAGUAAUAAAUUGGGUACACCAUGUGAUCUGGUUACUGGAGAAGAAAGGCGAAUGGUUAAUGGAGAUGAUAAUCCAACUGAUCAUGUUGCUUGUACCGUAGAGAUGGUCAAUGUUACAAAACCAUUUGAAGUUGCUGUAAUUGAUGAGAUUCAAAUGAUAAAAGAUCCACAGAGAGGAUGGGCAUGGACAAGAGCACUGCUGGGUCUCUGUGCACAAGAAGUACAUCUGUGUGGAGAGGGUUCAGCUAUUAAUAUGGUAUCUGAUUUGAUGACAAGUAUUGGUGAUGAAGUUCAAGUGAGGAAGUACAAACGUUUAACAAAGUUGACAUAUUUAGACUACGCUGUAGAAUCAUUUGAAAAUGUCAAUCCUGGUGAUUGUAUUGUGUGUUUUAGUAAAAAUGAUAUUUAUCAUAUAAGUCGCCAGUUAGAAAUACGUGGCAAGGAAGUGGCAGUUAUAUAUGGAGGAUUACCCCCAGGUACAAAACUUGCUCAAGCCCAGAAGUUUAAUGAUCCAAAUGAUCCAUGUAAAAUAAUGGUGGCUACAGAUGCUAUUGGUAUGGGAUUAAAUCUGUCAAUCAAGAGAAUUAUAUUUUAUUCGAUGAUGAAACCAACUUUAAAUGAAAAAGGUGAGAAAGAAAUGGAUGUUAUCAGUACGUCACAGGCAUUACAGAUCGGAGGUCGAGCAGGACGAUAUGGUACAGAAUAUGAAAAUGGUGAAGUAACUACAUUUAGAAGUGAAGAUUUAAACAUAUUGAAAGAUGUCUCGUCUAGGUUGAUUGAACCCAUUGAACAAGCUGGUUUACAUCCAACAGCAGAUCAGAUAGAAUUAUUUGCUUAUCAUCUACCUAAAGCCACUCUUUCUAAUCUUAUAGAUAUAUUUGUUACUCUAUGUCGAUUGGAUAAUGAUAAUUAUUUUAUGUGCGAUAUGGAAGAUUUUAAGUUUUUAGCUGAUAUGAUACAACAUGUGCCUUUAAAUUUACGAGUGCGGUAUACCUUCUGCUGUGCUCCGAUACCUAAGAAACAACCAUAUGUCUGUACCAUGUUCCUUAAGUUUGCCCGUCAGUUUAGUAGAAAUGAGCCAUUAACACUAGACUGGUUGUGUCUACAGAUUGGAUGGCCAUUUGCACCACCCGGUGUUCUUGCCGACUUGGUUCAUCUUGAAGGUGUAUUCGACAUACUCGAUCUAUAUCUAUGGUUAAGCUACCGAUUUCCAGAGAUGUUUCCUGAUGUAACACAUAUAAGAGAUAUGCAGACAGAAUUAGACCAGGUUAUCCAGCAAGGUGUAAGACAAUUAACAACCUUACUCAAGUCACGCGAAAGUACCAUGUCAACAGGAACACAAGACAUUGAGGACGAAUUUGAAAUUAAAGUGAAAAAAUCAAAAAGAAAGCAUAAACUGAGAUUAGACAGUUUAGUAAAUGAAUUAACAAAGAUAGACAGUUCCGAUAACAAUGUAGAUAAACAAAAAUAUGGUGGGCUUACAGGGAAACUUAUAGGAGAUGGGCUUAUAACUUCUACAAUGGCUGAUAAAAUGCACGAAGAAUGGGCUAAAAAAAUUAACAAAAAUAAAAGUGAUGAUUAACAGUAUCUGUGAUUAAAAUAAUUCUUACCUAACUAA